AUGACUAAACUCUUCUUGGUCCUGGUUUUAAGCCUGUUGGCUAUCGUCUGCCUGGCCGAUGUUUCUCAUGUGAAACAUCACAAGCACCAGCGGCAUCACCACUCCCGGGAACACGAGGAUGAAGACGAGGAGUCGCAUUAUCUACCUCCUAAGGAGGAAAAGGAUGCAGAGCAACCUUACUACAAGAAGGAAAAGCACACUAGCGAGGUGGUUUAUCACAAGGAGGAGGAUCAUGAAGAGCCUAAGCACUAUAAAGAGUACACGGAGCACCACCAUGAGGAGCCAAAGAAGCAGCGAGUGGAUCACUACCAUCACUAUGACAAGAAGCCCGAGGUGAAGACCCAACACAUCCACUACAAGCACAGCAAGCCCCAUGUUCGAACGGAUUACAAUCAGGAUUUGUUCACUCCAGCUGCUACUCAAGUGGUUUAUCGAAGGCGUCGUCCUAGUAGGAUUCUGUAUGCUAGUGCUCCCAACUCUGUGUUCCACACCCACACCCAGAUCAAUGUGCAAUCUCAGGAUUCAGAGUUAAACUCUCUCACUCGACCAGAUCCGGCCGCAGGAGCACAGGAUCCUGCUGCUCAAGCGCCAACUGGGGCUCAGGCACCAGGCUUCCGACCCAACUGCCAGUUUAUUGGACCUGGAAAUGUGUCUCCUGGCUGUGGACCCUCUGAUCCCGUUGGCGCUCAGCUGCCAGCUAGUGCACUGGCCCCCACUGGAGCUAACCUUCCUGCCAGCCAACCCAUUCCUGGUGGACAAUUAGCCGUUCUGGGUAAUGGACAGCGUCCACCAUCUCGGCCAGGCGGCUAUGGAGGAUACGGAGGUGGCAACCGACUCAACUUCUUUGUUGAUCCAUCGCUGGGAGCUCAGCUGGGAGCCAUAGGAAACGCAGCUGGAAAUCAACAGGCUGCUGGAGGAGGACAACUAGGAGCAGGAGCUCAACUGGGAGCCGGGCAAGGAUUUGACCCUUCUUUCGGCGGCCAAGCAGCUGCAGGUGCCCCUUUUAACCCAUCCUUCGGUGCUGGUCAAGCUCAAAGGCCUGUGCAAGGCCAAUAUGAUCCCAAUUUGCAGCUCGGUGGUCCUUUUGAUCCCUCCGGCAGUGCUCAAUUAGGUGCAGGUCAAGGUGUAUCUAACCAAAGACCCAAUGCUCAGGCACCUUUUGAUCCCUCUUCCGGCGCUCAACUUGGAGCCGGCCAAGGAGUUCAAAACCAGCGACCCAAUGGACAGGCAUCUUUUGAUCCUGCUCUUGGAGCUCAACUUGGAACUGGCCAGGGAUUUUCCAAUCAGAGACCCAAUCCAGUGAACGCACCACAAGGAGCUCAACUGGCAGCUGGCCAGGGAGCCUUCGAUCCCAAUCAAGGACAGUUUGAUCCCUCUAUUGGAGCUCAAUUGGCUGCGGGACAAGUGCCACGUCUUAACAACCGACGUCCUCCUAAUCGAUCGAACUACCAGGGUCUCAAUGUCCUGAAUGGCAACGUUUUUGGUCAGCCCCAUCUUCAGGGACCCACGAGUGCUCUGGGAAACCAACAGGACACCAAUAUCAUCGAUGGCAACUUCUACAGCGAUCCCCAUCAUGGCCAUCACCGAGCUUUGGUAUCAGUUAACCCCAAUCAGCGAUCUGUUCUGUUGGCUGAUGAGGAUGAUGCGGAUGAUGAUGCACAAUCUGGCUUCCUAGGAUUUGCUGCCAGUAACCGGCAGUCCUCGUAUGUAGUUGCUCCUAAGAAACACCGAAGCCACAGGAGCAGCUCAAAGCGAAACCAUGCUGAUCAGGGAACUUCUGCCUCGCAAUACGACACCGACUAUCGUGAGGAUGGGUAUCACUACCAGAAGCCCAAGCAUUCUUUCGAGUUUUAA